AUGUUAUCUGAAUUGGGAAGGAGACCGAUGAUAGGAGCUAGUGAUGGAUCAUUCGGUGAUGAUUUAGAGAAGGAAAUCGGGUUGUUGCUCCGUGAGCAGCGCACUAGACAGGAAGCCGAUGAUCUUGAGAGGGAGCUCAAUUUGUAUAGAAGUGGGUCUGCUCCACCCACUGUUGAGGGUUCGCUCAACGCCGUCGGCGGGUUGCUGGGUAGUUCGGCGCUGCCUCACGGUGGAGUAGGAGCCGGUGCAGGAGGAGCCGCCGCCGCUGCCUUUUCGGACUUCGCUAGUGGUAAAAAUGGCUUUAUGAACGAGGAGGAGCUUAGGUCUGACCCCGCUUAUUCAGCUUACUAUUACUCAAACGUGAAUUUGAACCCUAGGCUGCCCCCUCCUUUGAUAUCAAAGGAAGAUUGGAGGUUUGCUCAGAGAAUGAAAGGAGGAGGGAGUUCCGUUGUAGGUGGGAUUGGAGAUAGGAGGAAAGCGAGUAGGGCAGAUAAUGGGAGUGGGAGGUCAUUGUUUGCUAUGCCACCUGGUUUUGAUUCGAGGAAGCCGGAGAAUGACAGCGAGCAGGAGAAGGUUCACAACUCCUCUAGUGAAUGGGGUGGGGAUGGACUGAUAGGUUUACCAGGGUUAGGGCUUGGGACUAAACAGAAGAGUCUUGCUGUUAUCUUUCAGGGUGACAUGGAUCGGGUAACUCCUAUUGUUGGCCAUCCUUCUCGCCCUUCUAGUCGCAAUGCGUUUGGUGAAAAUGUAGAGAGCAUGAAUGCAGCUGAAGAUGAGCUAGCUCACUUGCGGCGUGAGUUGUCUUCUACAGAUCCUGUAAGGUCAGGUGUCAAUGGCCAAGGUUCUUCUGCUGUAACAAGUGUUGGUCAAGCUUCGUCUUACUCUUAUGCAGCUGCUCUUGGUUCCUCUUUGUCUAGGAGUAACACUCCUGAUGCUCAACUUGUAGCUAGGGCUCCCAGUCCUUGUCCUACACCCAUAGGGCAAGGGAGGAAUUCUGCAUCUGAAAAGAGAGGGGCUACUAGCUCUAACUCAUUUAAUGGCAUCCCCACCAGCAUCAAUGAGUCUGAAGAUCUUGUUGCUGCUUUAACUGGUAUGAACUUAAGUAAUGGUGUAGAAGAAGAAAACCAAUUUCCAUCCCAGAUGGGGCAGGGUGCUGAUAACCACCACCAGAACUAUUUAUUUGGUCUCCAAGGAGGUCAGAACCACUUGAAGAAUCAGAAUGCUUAUUUUCAGAACUCGGACUCUGGGCAUUAUCAAAUGCCUUCUGUUUCUCAAGCUGGAAAGAUGUCAUAUGCAGGUUUAGGCAAGAGCAAUGGUGGUAGGUCAGACUUCAACAACUCAUCCUUUGGGGAUAGGCAUGUCGACAUGCAAAAGUCAGGUGAUCGUCAUGGUAAUAAUUCUUAUCUUAAUGGGUCACCUCCAACAACUCAUAAUAGCCGAAGUGGCUUGCACACUUACCAACAUAUGGAUAGCAUGAACUCAUCACUUCUGAACUAUGGAAUGGAUGGGUAUUCUGUUAACCCAGCUCUGGCUUCUGUGAUGGCUGCUGGUCAACUUGGCUCUGGAAAUCUCCCACCGUUAUUCGAAAAUGUUGCAGCAGCAUCAGCCAUGGGUGUCCCUGGUCUGGAUUCAAGGGUCCUUGGAGGAGGUAUGGGAUCCGGAGUAAGUCUAACAGGUGCGAAUCCUGAAUCACGCAAUCUUGGAAGAUUAGGGAGCCCUAUUAGUGGAAGUUCCCCUCAGCCACCAUAUGUUGAUCCUUUGUAUCUACAGUACCUGAGGACACCUGAAUAUGCUGCUGCAGCCCAACUUGCUGCUUACAAUGAUCCCACUGGUGAAGGGAACUAUUUGGGCAACUCCUAUAUGAAUUUACUUGAAUUCCAAAAAGCUGCCUAUGCUGGAGCUAUGCUGUCCCCACACAAAUCACCGUAUGGCGGCCCUGUGGGUGGUAAAUCUGGCAGUUCUAAUCUCCAUAACUACUAUGGAGGUCAUGGUUAUGGUGUUGGUGGCAUGUCAUAUCCUGGGAGUCCUCUUGCAAGUCCUGUUAUUCCGAACUCCCCUGUUGGGCCAGGUAGUCCAAUUAGACACAAUGAUCUGAAUAUGAGGUUUGCUUCUGGUAUGAGGAGCUUGGGUGGUGGUGGUAUAAUGGGUCCAUGGCACUUAGAUGGAGGAGUGGACGAAAGCUUUGCAUCCUCACUUCUAGAAGAGUUCAAGAGUAAUAAAACCAAGUGUUUGGAACUUUCAGAAAUUGCAGGUCAUGUUGUUGAGUUCAGUGCUGAUCAAUACGGGAGCCGAUUCAUCCAACAGAAGCUAGAGACAGCCACAAUAGAUGAGAAGAACAUGGUGUAUGAGGAAAUCAUGCCGCAAGCUCUUGCUCUGAUGACUGAUGUGUUUGGUAAUUAUGUUAUCCAAAAGUUUUUUGAGCAUGGGCUGCAGUCACAGAGAAGGGAACUAGCUGCCAAGUUACUUGGUCAUGUUUUGACGCUUAGUCUUCAAAUGUAUGGAUGCCGGGUGAUUCAGAAGGCAAUUGAGGUUGUUGACCUGGACCAGAAGAUCAAAAUGGUUGGAGAGCUUGAGGGUCAGGUUAUGCGCUGUGUCCGUGAUCAGAAUGGAAACCAUGUCAUCCAAAAGUGUAUUGAAUGUGUUCCUGAGGAUAACAUCCAGUUUAUAGUCACAACAUUCUAUGAUCAAGUAGUGACCCUCUCCACCCAUCCUUAUGGUUGCCGUGUGAUACAGAGGAUUCUGGAACAUUGCGAGGACCCAAACACGCAGAGUAAAGUCAUGGAUGAGAUCCUGGGAGCUGUCAGCAUGCUAGCACAAGAUCAGUAUGGCAAUUAUGUUGUUCAGCAUGUACUGGAGCAUGGAAAGCCGCAUGAACGAACUGCUAUCAUUAAGGAGUUAGCCGGGAAGAUAGUCCAGAUGAGUCAGCAAAAGUUUGCAUCGAAUGUUGUCGAGAAGUGCCUGGCAUUUGGCGGUCCUGAUGAACGGCAGCUGCUGGUGAAUGAGAUGCUGGGGACUACAGAUGAGAAUGAGCCUCUUCAGGCUAUGAUGAAAGACCAGUUUGCAAACUACGUGGUACAGAAGGUGCUGGAGACUUGUGACGAUCAGCAGCGCGAGCUGAUCAUGACACGAAUCAAAAUCCAUCUCAAUGCACUGAAGAAGUAUACGUAUGGGAAGCACAUUGUUGCUCGCGUUGAGAAACUUCUUGCUGCUGGAGAAAGGAGAAUCGCUGCACAGUCUCUGCACCCACCACAGGGGGCUGUGUAG